GCACAGUGAAGGCUGCAGCCUCAAUGCCCAUCAUGAGAGCUAACAACUUAUUUGUGCAAUCUACACACUCAGUUAACUGCAUGGAAGGCAGGGCAGUGAUUCCUAACAUGACAGCAUUGAAAUCAAGCUGUGAUGCUCCCCAGUGUGGCCAGAAACGGAGAGGACUUGAACUGAAACCUGAGAACAUCCAAGGGGCUUCGGACCGCUGCUCCUCAGCACUUUUUAUUAAAUUAACAAGAAGACCUUGGACCCCAGUGAAACAGGAGAAAUGGAAAGUAUCCUGUGUGUCUCCAUUUUCCUGGCUUUAUGCAUCUUUAUCCAAUCAAGUUCCCACGGACAAAGCCUGGAACCAGAGUCUUUUGGGAAAAGAUCUCAAGCUGUUGAAACAAAGAAAACACUGCAGGAGACGAAGACCAGGUUCCUGCUCUUUGAAGACAAAGCCAGCAAGGGCUGCCAGAUUCAGCUCAACCUCCCAGACACGUUACAGGAGUGUGGCUUCAACUCCUCCCUGCCUUUGGUGUUGAUAAUCCACGGGUGGACGGUGGACGGCAAGCUGGAGAACUGGAUCUGGCAGAUGGUGGCCGCACUGAAGUCUCAGCCAGCCCACCCGGUGAACGUGGGGCUGGCGGACUGGAUCCCCCUGGCCCACCAGCACUACACCAUCGCCGUCCGCAACACCCGCCUCGUGGGCCAGGAGGUAGCGACUGUUCUCCGGUGGCUGGAGGAAUCUGUUCUGCUCUCUCCAAGCAAGGUUCACCUAAUUGGGUACAGCCUGGGUGCCCACGUCUCAGGAUUUGCUGGCAGUUACAUGGGCCGAAAGCACAAGAUUGGGAGAAUUACAGGGCUGGAUGCCGCAGGCCCUUUGUUUGAGGGAGCUCCCCCCAGUGACCGGCUUUCCCCAGAUGAUGCCAAUUUUGUGGAUGCCAUUCACACUUUCACCCGGGAGCACAUGGGCCUGAGCGUGGGCAUCAAACAGCCCGUUGCCCACUAUGACUUCUACCCCAAUGGGGGCUCCUUCCAGCCCGGCUGCCACUUCCUAGAGCUCUAUAAGCACAUCGCAGAGCAUGGCUUACAAGCCAUCACCCAGACCAUAAAAUGUGCCCACGAGCGCUCGGUGCACCUCUUCACGGACUCCUUGCUGCACUCCGGCAUGCAGAGCACAGCCUACCUGUGCAGCAACAUGGACAGCUUCCGCCAGGGCCGCUGCCUGAGCUGCAGGAAGGGCCGCUGCAACACGCUGGGCUACCACGUCCGCCAGCAGCCGCACAGCAAGAGCAAGAAACUCUUCCUCCUGACACGAGCCCAGUCCCCCUUCAAAGUUUAUCAUUAUCAGUUCAAGAUCCAGUUUGUCAACCAAACAGAGAAACCGGUAGAACCAACUUUGACCGUGUCACUGCUCGGAACAAAAGAAGAAAUGCAGAGAAUUCCCAUCACUCUGGGUGAAGGGAUCACUAGUAAUAAAACCUACUCCUUUCUUAUUACAUUGGAUUUGGACAUCGGUGAGCUGGUCAUGAUCAAGUUCAAGUGGGAAAACAGCGCGGUGUGGGCCAACGUCUGGAACACAGUCCAGACCAUCAUCCCUUGGGGCACAGAGCCAUGCUCUCAUGCAGGCCUCCUGCUGAAGACCAUCAGAGUCAAGGCAGGAGAAACUCAGCAAAGAAUGACAUUUUGCUCAGAAAACAAAGACGAUCUACAACUUUACCCAACUCAGGAAAAAAUCUUUGUGAAAUGUGAAGUAAACACUAAAAAAUCAAAGCGGAAGAUCAGAUGAGUGUCAGUGAAGACCCAGUGUAAAGAAUAAAUGAAUCUGAUUCCCUGUC